GAACACAGCUGUCAGACGUCAUCGUCAGCGAGAACGGCGUCGGUGAAGCAUUGGUUUGAGAGACAGUCCGUUGUGUUGCUAAAGAUAGGUACAGACAGUAUACAGUGAUCAAGUUCAAAAUGUCCGCUGGGGUGAUCUGGCUGUGUGUACUAAGCUGUGCCAUCACGUAUGUGUCAGCCGGUGAGAGGGAGAAAAGGCAGGUGGUGAAUCCAACUUGUGAUCAAUUAAACCCAUGUUUCUUUGGAUCGUUUUGUUACAACGGUGGAACAUGCAAGAGAAACAUGGCAACGUGUGGCGUGUAUUGUAUCUGUAGGCCAGGGUUCGCUGGAACAUCGUGUGACGAAUGUGAGACCGACCCGUGCGCUGUCAACUCAACCUGUCAGAACGGAGGAACCUGUCUUUCUAACAAAGCCUGUGAACCCAAAUGUAGCUGUCCUUCUGGUUUUACGGGGGAUCUUUGUGAAACGCCGGUGUCGUCAACGACGAUGACUGUUACAUCACCUUCAACAAAUGAAACAUCGUCACCGUCAACAAAUCAAACAUCGGCACCUUCAAACACAACAGGUGCUGAAUGUGUUUGGGACAUGUGUUUGUAUAACAACCCAUGCAAUCAUGCAGGAACGUGUGCCGAUUGUGGUGAAUCCUGCAUUUGCGCGACUGCGUAUACGGGGAGAUUUUGUGAAACUCCGUUGUCGUCUCCUCCGAAAGCUGACACUACAGUCGGCUCAACAAGAAAAACACCAACAAUUUGUAAGAGCGGUUAUAUCUGUUUCCAUGGUGACUGUGUAACAACAAGUGACGGUACAAGAUGCGAGUGUGACAAAGGUUUCACUGGUCAGUUUUGCGAUUGGCCUUGCAACCUUGACUGCGGGGACAAUGGCGAGUGCGCUCGCCUGGACAUCAGCUCACCCGAGUUUUGCAACUGCAUCUUCACACACACAGGUGAUACCUGCGCUGAAGUAAUCCAAAGAAAAACCAUUGUGACAGUAGCCGGAAACUGGAAAGCAUGGUUGAUUGGGAGUGUAGUUGUCGUGUUGGUCGUCCUCGGACUGCUUGUCCUCGUGGCCUAUGUCCUCAUGAAGAAGAGGAACAUCUUCAUCAUGCGAGUCCUGUACUACUUCCAGCCUCACGAGGAUGAUGAUGGAAAGGAAUUUGAUGCCUUCGUAUCCUACAAGUCCUCACCAGAAGAUGAGACGUUCGUUUAUAAGACCUUGUAUCAAGAGCUGGAGAAACAACGGAGCUUCAAGCUGUGCCUGCACCAGAGAGAUUUUGUCCCUGGAGAAACAAUAGCGAACAACAUCCUCUGGGCCAUCGAGAAAAGCCGGAGGACAAUUCUGGUUCUGUCCCCGAAUUACAUGGAGAGUGACUUCACUAGGUUUGAGUACCAGGUGGCCCACAACGAGAUGCUGAAGCAGAAACACAAGGUCAUCCCUCUCCUGCUGGAGGACAUCAGUCAGCAGAAGCAUCUCACAGACAGGACUCUCUCCAGCAUCCUCAAGUCCAUCACCUACAUAGAGUGGCCACAGAAUGGAGAUGAGAGUACGCUCAAGGCAUUCUGGCGCAGGCUUGAACUCUCUAUGCCCAAAAUCAAGUCCAGGUCCAUUGAAGAUGGCGGGACAGACACAACAACAUCAAGACAGAUAUCUUAUGCAAAUUCUGCUUUUGAAUCAUGCCAGGAACCUACAGAUUUGAUGGGAGCUGAGGAAAAGCCAGAAAAGAAUGUGUUGAAGAUACAGGACAACUUGCAAUCACAGCAGGUUCCAACCAAGGACGAUUUUGAGGGUAUUGAACUUGUGGUCGAAACUGAUGACAGGAAAAAUCCAUCAAGUGUUAAGAACUUGAAGGCCUUUUUUGCAGAACCAUCCAAUGAUGACUUGUUUAAUGCAAUGCGAGAAAGUUCGGAGAAAUUGGAAAAAACCUUAGAAGUGUAAUAUUAAGCUUAUAACUGCCAGGAAAAAUAGUGUUACGCGAUCAUGUAAAUAAGGGUUUGAAUCUAAAUGACGUUUUAUGCAAUGUAAAUAUGGUUAUAACUUGCAAUUGUAUCGUAUACAAUGUUACCAUGGAAACAGUGUUUCAUUCUGUUUGGAAUAUUACAGCAUCAAAUCAUGGUAUAUUUCCUAAUACAGUUAAAUUAUGUUCUUGUGGCACCUGUUUGAACAGAAACUUGCAUAGUUAUUUGACUCGGGGUAAUUGUUGUGUGUAUGUUCUUGGUAGAAUAAUCAGCAAUAUUCCGGCUAUUUGGGGGUGUCCUGUAAAUAAUCGAGUCUGGACCAGACAAUCCAGUGACUGACAUCAUCAGUAUCGAUCUACGCAAUUGGGAUACGAUGACAGGCAUCAAACAAUUCAGUGAGCCUUAUCAUCAGUUACUCGCCUCUUCCGAUAAGCAUGGUUUGCUGAAGACCAAUUCUAACCCGGAUCUUCACGGGUCAGAUCACCUUAGCACUGCUAUGACUCUGUGUAACUCGGAUUUUUACGGGUGUUCGGGUGUAUGAGGAAAUAACAUGUAUCCAUUAUCUCGCGGCGCAUGUUUUAGUACUUUUUGUACAUAUACAUUGUCCAUCGCAUUUGUGUUCAGGGCCUUGCCAGGGUCUUCAUAAUAUACUGGUUUUAUAUUAUAAUCGGAAGAAGACAUUUUCUUGGAGACUGGAGUUCAUGUUUGACUAAUGUACAAAUGAUCCUCUUAUAUAACAUUAAAUAACACUGUUCUGUGUGUAAACCGAUA